AUGAGCGACGUUGUCGCACGAACCUCCGAGUGCAUCGCGAAAUGGAGUGGGCCGGGACAGGAAGAAUGUCGUAAGCUUCUUGCCGGACUGUCGCGCGUGGAGGGAGAAGACGAAGACGCUGCUGCGAUGGUCUGGGAGAUGCUCCAUUUCGCGGCCUUGCCCAUGCUGGCUGGCUCGGUGACGAUCGAGGCGUCGACGCUCGUGGGGUUUGCCGAAGCUAUGCUCCGCUCGCUGCCGUCGUCGUCACAAGACCCUUCGCCGUCGGCCGAGAGCGCGCGUGCGUUGAGUGACCACCUCAUUGACGCCGUCUGGGCCACAGACGCCGCGCUCGACGAACAGAUAACGGACAUCACGGCCCGAACCACCGCAUUGAAUGCGGAGACUACGGAGAAGGAAGGGGAAGAUGCAACGAACAAGGAGAAGGACGCCGGUCAGACCGAGUGGGAGAUCAAGGCACAAGCUGUCAAGGCAAAGCUGGAGAAGGACAAGGAAACUCUAGUCGAGGUCGUCAAGGGUUAUAUGCGGGUUGGCGCUGUGGACCCUAUUCAAGCACGCGAACGCCUCGACCUCGCAUUGAUCAUCAGCUCUGGCCUCAUAGCCAACAAGGCAAACUACGAUAGGCGAGAGAUUCGCACCCGUACCGGUCUUUUCUACAAGCAGAUCAAGUACAACCUCUCGCGCGAGCAGUCCGAAGGCUUCUCCAAGCUCCUGACCGAACUCACAAGUUCGCUGCCGCCCGCUCACUCAACGUCGACCGGUCGUCCGCUCGAGUCGACGGCUGUCGUACUUGAGCAGGCUGCCCCGGUGUGGGACCACAUCUUCAGCGUCAUCGGUUACUUCGAGAUGGAUCCUAACCGCGCCCUCGACAUUAUCCUCGAUGUCUUCUCGACACAUAUCACCACCCAUUGGUCCUUUUUCUUGGCAUUACUUCGCCACUCACCGUGGAAAGGCAAUAGCAGUCGCUUGCAUUGGACUAGCGAGGCGGAGGCUCAUGCGCAACCCGAGCCUGCUGCGGAAGGGCGCUACAAGGGGAUUGGCUUAGAUGAGAUGCUGCUCGAGGCCGAGAUCGCUCACGCACCCCCGCCUCCACCCGCAGAGAAUGAAGUCGAGCCCCAAGCGCGGGUCAUGGCGCAGAUUCUGGGCUUCAAAUUCCGUCAUUAUAUAAACCCCGAAACGAAGGAGACGACGCCCAACACGCUCUACUCUAUGACGGCGCUCCUCAUUCGUGAGGGGUUUAUCACCCCAGACGAGCUCUGGGCCCACCUAUCCCCCAGCGACCAAGACCUGGAAGAGCAGGAUCAUCGAGCCUACAAGGAGUCGGUUGAGAAGCGCAAGUCGGCUGGGACGGUCAACAAGCUCGCCAUGACCGGCGCACUCGAAGGCGGCGGCGGGUCCACACCCAAACCACGAGCGCCUGAGAAGAAAGGCCCGGAAGAGAAGAAGACGCCCACGUCCAACCAGAAGGUCGGCCUCGUCACGGCGCUUCUGGCCGUGGGCGCUCUACGCCCCGCGUUCGCCAUCCUCUGCAAGUUUCCCUGGCUAAAAGACGCAUAUCCCGAGAUCGCCGACGUGAUCCUGCGCAUCAUGUCCUACCAACUCUCGGCGCUCUACGAGCUGCGCAACCCGCCCAAAGUCCCGAACAAGGCGUCCUAUACGCAGCCGCGCGCACGCUACGGCGCCGCCGGCCCGCAAGCCGCGCCACCGCGGAGGAAGGUGCUGACGUUGGUCGCGCCCCCGCCUCCGUUCACGAACAACACUGAUUUUGUGUUCUUCUUCCCCGGUUGGACGGAGCGGGUGCCCGUGUGCGCGAGCGAGGAUGACUUUGAGGAUGUUCUCGAGCCGUUUAUGGCGUUCGUGGGCUUCCAGAUCUCGAGGGACUUGAUGUUCGUGACGAAGUUUACAAGGCUGGGCAAGAAGCAGUUGCAGGAUGUUCUUGGGGACCCAUUCGUCAAGAAGCCGACGGAGACGGACUACAGCAACCCCGUCGUCGCUUAUUGGGUUCGGACCAUCAGACUGCACCUGCUCCCUGCACUCUCCCUCGUCCGCGGCAACGCCGUCUGCUGCGUCGACGUCUGGGGCAUCCUGCGCUUCUUCGAUGCUGCGGAACGAUGGCGCUUCUACGGCGAAUGGAACACAUCGAUCUACCACUCCUCUGGCGAGCUCCAGGUUCGGCGGCGGCAGGUCGAGCGAGAGAGUAAAGGCAUCAUGCGCAGGCUCUCGCUCGACACCGUCGACUCGCUCCAGACGAGCGUGGCCAAGCUCGCGCAUUCAAACCCGUGUAUCAUCUUCUCCAUCGCCGUCAACCAAGCCAUGGCUUACCCGAAUAUGGCCGAAGUCAUCAUGCGUUCGCUCAAGUUCGUCCUCAACAUGGGCUUCGACGUCCUCGUUUUCACCGUCAUCUCCAUUCUUGCCAACCCUGCGGGACGAGAGCGAUACAAGCCCGACGGCGUCAACGCAUCGGACUGGCUGCAGAAUUUGGCGAGGUUUAUUGGGAUGAUGCUCGCGCGGUACAACGUCGACCCCAGCACGCUACUACAGUAUGUCAUGCACCAGUUCACGAAUGACGUGAUCUCGGAGGUCAUUAUCGUCCGCGAGCUCAUCGAACGCAUGUCGUACAUCGAGCCACUCCCGAGUCUAUCGGAUACACAAGUCAGGAUCAUGUCGGGAGGCCCCCUCCUCCGCAUCGAGGCUGUCGCCAGUCGCACUCGCGGCGCACGCUCCGACCCGCAAGACCAGACGAGCCGUGCACCUGCGCGACUGGUCCGGUACCUCCUCGAGUCGGGCAUGGCGCGUCCGCUGCUUAUCCAGGUUGCCAAGCUCCGACAAGAGGCGGCGAAGAAUACGAAGAACACGCAGCUCAAGUCAGUCGCGAGUCUCUUCGAUAAUGUUCACGGCGUGUUCCUGCAAUACCUCGAGCUUGUACAGUCAACGAGUCUCAUCUCGGUGGAUCAGUACGCGAAGGAGAUCGCGCCACCGCUUGCGGAGCUCGGCGAUUUGUAUGAUAUCAGCGCGCCUAUGUGCAUGCAGAUCUUCAGGCCCUUGUUGACGGCGGCUGUUAAGGAAACGGCGCUGGAGUACCAGCGGCGGGAGAAGUGGGAGAACGAGCAGGCCGAGAGGAGGUUAGCCGAACGUCUCAAGGCGCGUGAGGAGAAGAAGAGCAAGGAGACGACUCCGUCACCCGCCACGACGUCCGACAACAUCGCCGUGCAGGUCAAGACGAAUGGUGAUGCUGCUACUCCGACGCUCAAGCCCGCGGAUAGCGAUGUGGACAUGACAGCUGUUCCGACGGGACCGGCGCCACCGCCGCCCAAAUAUGCUGGACCCUGGCUUCCACGUCUAGAAGCUUUCUUCAGCGACGUCGAGAAGGUCGUUCCGCAGACCGUCCUGGACACGCUCGGCCCGGGCUUCUACAUCACGUUCUGGCAAAUGACGACAUCCGAUCUCGGUGUGCCGGACGAUAAGUACGCCGAGGAGAUGAAGAAUAUCCAGGCCUACGUCGACGAGGAGCAUAAAGAGUAUCUGAGGACGGAUAGGAUCCGGUCGUUGAGGAGCGAGGCGAAUGGACAUUGGAUGAGGGAGAAGAAGGCCAAAGAGUACCUGGACUUGCUCAAGCAAGAGAUGAACGACCAAAUCGAUUCGAGGCAGUUCACGAUCAAAAGACUGGCAAAGGAAGCGCCAGUCUGGUUCUCCCCCGAUAAGAAGCCGACUCUCAUUGCGAGCAUGGCUGUGGAACAUUGUCUCCUCCCCCGCGCUCUUCUCUCGCCUAUGGACGCCGAAUACGCCGCUCAGAUGAUCAAGGCCAUGCACGCGCUUGGGACACCAAACUGGCAUACACUCAGGGUGUACGACUUGCUCCUCGGCGAACAAAUUCGUGCUAUGACCUUCUCCUGCAGCGAAUACGAGGCUCGGAACUACGGACGCUUCCUCUGCACCAUUCUAAAGCACCUCAACGUCUGGUACGACGACAAAAACGAAUACGCCAAGGCGCAAACUAGGACGGUUAAUGGACGGAUUGUCGCGCAUCUGCACGGGAUGUCCAGGACUUGCAAGCCCACACCUGCUGAUCAAAGCGAGCAUACACCCUGGACUGACUUCCAGAAGCUCGUGCGCAAGUGGCAUCGGAAUAUCUCCAUCUGUUUCAAAGAUCUCAUCGAGACGGACGAGUAUAUGCGCGUGUACAACGCCACGAUCAUUCUCAAGGAGAUCUUACCCGUCUUCCCGCUUCUGACCGUGUCCGUUGAGCUCGGUCCGCGAGUCGAGCAACCGGUCAAGGCACUGUUGGACAAGGAAAUGGCCAUGCCUCCACAAGAGCGUCGCAAUGACUUGAUGACUGUCGCGCGCGCGUACCACUCAGCUCUGCACAAGCGCGAGUCGUACUGGAUGCCGAAAACGCCGCCCAAGCCUCGCGAUGCUAUGUCCCGUGCCGCUAGUUCUACCAAGCCAUUACCUACUGCGCCAGCCAAUGGGACCCCCAAGCCACAGCCCACGUCCACGCCCGGGCCUGGUACACCUCAGCCUCCGGCUGCCAUGAAUGGCGAGAAGGCGACUGCUACGCCGCCACCUGGACGACCCCUUGACGCUGUGCCCAGACCCGAGGUUGUACGUCGCGUCAAUCGUCCUGAUACACCGACGCAACCCGCAGCCACCGGUAGCAGCCGCCCGCCCAGUGCGGUCAAUACGGGACCGAACCCCAUUCCACCUAGGCCACCCGCACAACUUCGCGAGCAGCCCAUGUUAGCACCUCCGACACGACCAUCCAGGGACGCAAUCCGUCCCAUGGCGCCGCCGCGUUUGGAUAUGCGUCCCGACAUGCGUAUGGACACCCGUCCCGACAGCCCCGCCGUUCCCCCUCCGAUGCACCGUACUCCAUCCGGAAACGGACGUGACCCUGGCCGCCCAAUUCCCAAUCUGGUUGCGCCACUACCUAUUGCGCCUCACAGGCAGCAGCUGCAACAACAACAGCAGCCGAUGUCCCCGUAUCCUCGGACACAGGAUCUGCGUCGGGAUGGGCCUGGCAUGCCACCACCAAUGGUACCGAGCCAGACGCCUUCGGCGCAAGAGCUUCGGGAGACGGCCAGGCAGACGAUGAAUCGCAAGGAAGAACAGGCCAAUGAUGAACGGCAAGGCCGUGGUCCGCCGACCGAGCCCCGUCAUGGCGGCUCUCGUGCUCCAUCACCACCGACUCGUCGCCGCUCGCUAUCUCCCCCCACGCAGCCGGGCACUCGCAAUCAUAGUGUGGACAGCCGCGGCAGCAGUGGACGCGCGCGUGAGGCGGAACGCGGUGAAGAUCGUACCGGAGAACACGAUACCCGUGCGGGAGAUCGUCGUGAUCGCCGCGAACGUACGAGUACACGCGAGUCAGACCGGGAUAAGGAACGCGGGCGCGACCGGCACGGUGACCGCGACCGUAAGGAUCGUGAGCGGGAGGUGAGGGACAAGGAUCGAGAUGUGCGCGACAAGGAGCGCGGCGGUGAACGGGAACGAGAAGGCCACCGUGGGGAGCGCCAUCGUCGUGAUGAGAAGGAACGUCCUGGGCCGCCAGAUGCACCUCGCCGUGACCGUAUUCCGACCGAUCCUAGCACCAGCGAUGAUGCGCCAGGUGUGAAGCGUAGGCGCGCGGCUGAUGAAGAGCCUGAUCGAGUGACUAAGCGCACUAGGGAGAAGGAGAAGCGCGACCGUGAUAGGACUAGGCGCACUGGCGCUGAGGACAAAGAGCACGACCGCGCUCGUCGCCGCGACCGCGAGACUGCGGAAGCCGAUAAGAAUGGAUUGCAAUUGCCCUCAUCUACUCCUUCAGCUCCGCGCGCCAUGGCUACUGGCGAGUCCAACCGUCGUCCAAGCAUUGAAACGUCUGGUCGCGAUCGCGAGCGUAUGCCGCGCGACAUGCGAGAUAAUGGCGGGCCACCACCAAGCCCUCACCUCUCGGCAGAGCAGAGCUCCCUCCUUUCCCGAAUCAGCACGAACCGUGGCGAAGGACAGCGUAUACCGCAAGGCCCACGUAGUGGCGUUGAGCCUCCACGCGAAUAUAAUCGUGGGGAGCCUCUUCAAGCUCGUCGAAACGAAGGACCCGGUCUUCGCGCUGAUGGACCCGGUCUUCGCGUCGAUGGGCCCGCCUUCCGGUCGGAUGCUAUGCCUCGACGCGAAUCAGGUCGGCGAGAGCCUCCCGGUGGACCGCGGCUCAACGAGAUUUUCGACUUACCUCCCCAUCGGCAAGGCCCACCGCCUGAUCGUGGACGUUUGGAUGAUCAAGACAUGCGGCGUAAACGCACAAUUGCUGACCGCGAGCGCGAUUCGCCUGUGGCGGACCCCUCGAUCAGCAGUCCGGAGCCUUCGCAGCAAAACAAGAAGUCUCGCGUGCGCAUCGACAGGAAUCGUGCGAUGGGUCGGUAG